AUCAGGUCCUUCUUACCCAUUAACUAACCAUGAGUGACCAAAGGCCAUCACCCUUGUCAAACUCCGAUCCAUGGACUCCAAGAAAAGGGAAGAAGAAGCCUACAAAUUCCUCAAGAGUGUCCCCAACCCUGAUGGCUCCCUCACCAGGCUAAAAUCAGUUCCGGUCUCACCCUCCAACCCAUCAGAUCCCCAAUUUCCCCUCUCCAAAGACAUUCCUCUCAACCCCUCCUCGGCCACCUUCAUCCGCCUCUUCCGCCCCCCGCCGCCUCCGUCUGAUUCAAAUUCUCCGUCGCCGUCCAAGCUCCCUCUACUCAUCUACUUCCAUGGAGGCGGAUUCAUACUGUUCAGUGUCACAUCCAUCAUUUACCACGAAUCCUGUAACAGAAUGGCAGCUCUACUUCCCGCCGUCAUCGCAUCCGUCGAGUACCGUCUUGCCCCGGAGCACCGCCUCCCUGCCGCGUACGAUGACGCCGCGGAUGCUCUCCUGUGGGCCAAAGAUCAGGCGAUUGCCGCCGGGAGCGGCGGGAACUGCGAUCCGUGGAUGGCUGAGCUGGUGGACUUCUCUAGAACUUUCCUGAUGGGCAGUAGCGCCGGGGGGAAUAUCGUGUACCACGCGGCAUUGCGUGCGCUCGACACCGAUCUCUCUCCGGUGAAGAUCGAAGGGCUGAUAAUGAACCAGCCGUACUUCGGUGGGGUCCAGAGAACGGAAUCUGAGAGAAGACUGGUCAACGAUAAGGUCGUUCCGUUGCAUGUCAACGACCUGAUGUGGGCCCUGGCGUUGCCGAAGGGGGCGGAUCGUGACCACGGGUUUUCUAACCCGUUCACUGAUGGGCCCCAGCUGGGGGAGAAGAUCGGACGGCUGCCGAGGAGUUUGGUGAGAGGAUACGCAGGGGACCCACUGGUGGAUCGGCAGAAGGAGCUGGCGAAGUGGUUGAGGGUGCACGGGGUUAGGGUGGUACCGCAGUUUCUGGAUACGGGGCAUCAUGGGGUGGAAGUGUUUGAUCCCAGGAGCGCCGAAGAAUUGUAUGGUGCCAUCGGGAAUUUCAUUUACGGUUGCGAUGGAGGCAAAGCUGUAGUAAGGUCUGCAAUGUAAUUAAAUGUGUUGUAUCCUUUUUUAUGUCCAAAGCUUGUACAAUGUUUUGAAUUAAAGUUCAAUCGAUUUUACAUUUGAUUAAAUCUUAAUCGAAUAAUAAUUUCACUAACUUCGUCUUGAA